UCCCGUUUAAAGCAAGCAAUGCUCUGUAUGAACACACUCUCUAGACUCAAUCUUAAAAAAAGAAAAUUUGACAAGACAACCUUAAAUCAAGGUUAGUUGUUCCGACAGAAAACCUUAAAAAAGACGAGAACACCGUACACCAGAGUUCGCCAUUGAUGAUUUACACAAGAACGCGAGAGAAAAAUUGAUCACGGUUUCACUCCGAACAGGAACAAUGAAAUCAUCAUCAAAAUCUCCACUUUCAACCCUAACCCAAGUCUCAGAACUCCUCACAGUAGCAUCCAUAACCAAAACCCUCUCCAAAACCCCACAAACCCUAACCCAACUCACCACCACAACCAACAACAAACCCCUCCUCACCCAAACCCUACUCCUCAAAAUCCUCUCUAACCCAUCCCUCCACAUUUCCCACAAACUCAAUCUCUUCAAUUCCCACACCACCCCUCAUUCCUCAUCCACCUUCUCCCUUAUCCUCCACAGCCUCUGCAAACCCACCACCCCUCUUCCCAUCCUCCACCAACACCUCCCUCAGCUCCUCCACUCCAUGAAACAAACCGGUAUCGCCUUCAAUUCGAACUCAUUCAACAAUCUCCUCAGUUUCCUCAUCAAAUUCUCUCAUAACAACAGUAAAAAUUUCCACUUUGUUAUUGAUAUUUUGGAUUAUAUUCAGACGCAAAAGCUUCAUCCUUUAGGUACUACACCUUUUAUUUACAACUCUCUGCUUAUUGCUUCCUUAAAAAACAAUCAAAUUCACCUUGCUUUAUCUGUUUUCAAUAGUCUUUUAUCACUUGAGAAUUCAUCGGAUUUGAAUUCGGUUAUUGUUGGUUCUUCGAAUUACUUGCUUUCGGCUCUUAGGAAAGCCCGGAUGAAGAAAGAGUUUCGAAAUGUGUUUGAUAGUUUGAGGGGAAGGGAAAGUUUUGAUUUUGAUUCAUGGGGGUAUAAUAUUUGUAUUCAUGCUUUUGGUUCUUGGGGGGAUUUGGUUACUUCGAUGAAGCUUUUUAAUGAGAUGAAGGAGGAUAAGAAUUUGUUUGGGCCUGAUAUGUGUACUUAUAAUACCGUUUUGUCGAUUCUUUGUAAGAUUGGGAGGAUUGAUGAUGCGAUUGUUGUGUGGGAGGAGCUUAAAGGGUGUGGUUAUGAACCGGACGAGUUUACUUACAGGACUCUCGUUCGGGGUUGUUGUAGGAGUUGUAGAAUGGAUGAGGGUGUGAGGAUUUUUAAUGAGAUGAAGGAUAAUGGGUUUCGUCCGGGUGUGAUUGUGUAUAAUUGUGUUUUGGAUGGGUUUUUUAAGGUUGGGAAGGUUAAUGAAGCGUGCGAGAUGUUUGAGAGAAUGAGUCGAGAAGGGGUGAAAGCUUCGCGUUGGAGUUAUAAUAUUCUGAUUCACGGGCUUAUGAAGAAUGGGAGAUCGGAAGCUGGUUAUACGCUUUUUUGUGACCUGAAAAAGAAAGGUCAGUUUGUGGAUGGGAUUAGUUACAGCAUUGUUGUGCUGCAGCUUUGUAAAGAGGGUCAUUUGGAAGAGGCUUUGGAGUUGGUGGAGGAAAUGGAAGCUAGAGGCUUUUCUGUUGACCUUGUUACGAUAACAUCUCUAUUGGUCGGUAUUCAUAAGUAUGGUCGUUGGGAUUGGACGGAUAGGCUCAUCAAACAUGUUAGGGAAGGGGAUCUGUUACCUGGUGUUCUUAGGUGGAAGGCUGGAAUGGAAGCUUCUAUCAAUAACUUGCAUUCCAAGGAAAAGGAUUACUCGCCAAUGUUCCCUUCGAAAGGAGGGUUUAGGGAGAUCAUGAGUUUCUUAACUCAUCCAGGGAAUGAUGAUGAUGAUGAGGUCGAAACUUCCUCUGAACAAAUCGACGAGUGGUCAUCAUCUCCAUACAUGGAUAAAUUGGCCAAGCGUAUUGUGAAGUCAACUGACAAUGCUCCGCGACUGUUUACACCUGACCGUGGACAGAGAGUUCAACAAAAAGGGCCUGAUUCUUUCGAUGUUGAUAUGGUGAACACUUUCCUGUCUAUAUUUUUGGCCAAGGGAAAGUUGAGCUUGGCUUGUAAAUUGUUUGAGAUUUUCACCGACGCGGGUGUGGAUCCUGUCAGUUAUACUUAUAACUCUAUCAUGAGCUCGUUUGUCAAAAAAGGCUACUUUAACGAGGCUUGGGCCGUUCUGUCGGAAAUGGGAGAAAAGCUCUGUCCAACUGAUAUCGCUACGUACAAUAUGAUAAUUCAAGGUUUAGGAAAAAUGGGAAGGGCAGAUCUAGCCAGCUCUGUUCUCGAUCGACUGCUGAAACAGGGUGGUUAUCUUGACAUAGUUAUGUAUAACACUCUAAUUAAUGCUUUGGGGAAGGCAGGGCGAAUCGAUGAGGUGAACAAGUUCUUCGAGCAAAUGAAGAGCAGCGGAAUAAAUCCUGAUGUUGUCACUUAUAAUACUUUGAUUGAAAUUCACAGUAAGGCUGGCCGAGUCAAAGAUGCUUACAAGUUUUUAAAAAUGAUGCUCGAUGCUGGAUGCACUCCUAACCAUGUUACUGACACGACUUUAGAUUAUCUAGUAAAGGAAAUCGAUAAAUUGAGAUACCAAAAGGCAUCGAUUUUGAAGGAAAAAGAUGAUCCUUCUUGAGGGGGUAAGAUUCUAACAGUCCAUGCAAAUGGAAUUUGUAAUAUAGUAAAGAAAUUUACCUGUAAGUUAUGGUUUGCUCUUGUUAGUUGUUACUCUGAUCAAAGGUAGUGUAUAUGGUUGCUGUGAAAUUGCAACGAUUAUAAUUUAUGCUCACAGAAAAGAAUUCUGAACCAUUCACAGAUUCAGUCCAACCUUUAAGGUUCAUUUACCCUGCAGUCUUGUUUCCAUCUUUGGGUAGAUAGGUCUAUUGAGUGGUCAGUGCCCACAAACUGCUGCAGUUAUCAUACAUGUGUUGUUUGCAUAUUCAAAGCAGUUAUCAACCAUAAUAAUUUUAGGAGCAUUUAUGUACCUAUGCUUAGUCUGCAUCCAAUCCAAAAUAUCUAGUUCUUUCCUACGGUUUUUAAUCCAUCCUUUUGGGAGCACUGCUUGCUAUCUACUUUCUACGUGCACUAUACAAUAUACAAAAUCGACCACAUCAAAGUUCAGUAAUCUGUAUCGAUUGGGUGCUUUAAUCUCAUAAAAACUAUUAUAGGCACCAAUAUCUCUAGUUUUGGAUACUGAACAGAUUCCGUAUGGAUCACACCGAGGUGUUUUUGUUUUUGACUGUGCCAAUUCUCAUAAACAUGCUACAUAAUCACUUGACAAUAUCUUCUGAAACUCUAUUUGGUGUGCUAUAAACUUCUAACUCGUUAUCAUCUGAUGAAAUUGAUGAUUUUAUGCUCUUUCCUGAUCUACUUAUCUCUUCUCCAGCUGAACAGUAAAAAGCAAAACGAUUGUUAAAAUGACUGCUCAAUCAUUUCAAACAUCGGAUAUUAACUAUUGGUCAGAAACCUUUUGGUACUACACCUUUCAUUUCAAACAAAACUAUUAAUAUCAUAACCCUUUUGCAUGCAUAAAUUAUAAAUAUACACUGUGCCAUUAAUGUUUGUAAUUCACGAAGAACUGUGAUGUCAACUUGGUUCACGGUCUUGGUUACUUCCAUAUAUUUUAAGUGAAUAACUAAUUCCCAAAUCUAAUGUUAUUCAUUUUCUUUGGCAUCCCAACUUUUCAAAACU